AUGUUCGCGCUACCGCAGGCGACAACGAGCGCUGUUGCAGCUGUGAAAGACGGCGAGAAGAACACACCAACAAAGAACGACGAAAAGCGGCGCAGCCUUUUUGGCGGCGACAGCAAACGCUGUCCGACGACGCCGACCAACAUGCCUCCCAAGACGCCUCUGGCAACGCCGCAAGAUGAGGCUGCUUUGAGCUCGACAGUCGCCGCCGCCUCAGGUAACGAUGAGAGCGCCAGAACCUGGCGGGACAUCCACAACUCAGGGGGCAGUUAUCAGGUCAGUGUCAGUGCGACUUCUUCGUCUUCUUCAUCAGCGCAGCGGCAGGCAGGCGGCGAGGGUGAGGUCAGGGGUAUUAGAAAGAAGAAGAGCUUCAUGCAGACAUUGGGUCUUAGAUCAAGGAAGUCGAGCUCGGCAUUGGGGCGCUCUACGAGCGCGGAGACAUGGGAGACGGAGGGUUCUUCUGGGACUACUAACGAUGCGCCACCACUUCCAUCUUCAAGCACUGCGGCAAGACUCCUUACUCGGAAGCGCGGGAAGAGCUCUCCUAAGACGCCGCAAGAGCACAUCAUCCAAGGACAGGACAGCAUGGCAAGUUUGAUGUCGACAGACUCGGUCAGUAGUGUUGCUACCGUUUCACCCUUCGGUCGCUCGCCACAUUUGCCUACACCCCUGCGUGUCUCAAGCACUCCAGAUGCCUCCACCAACCAACCACCUGCCGAGUCCUUCCCAGGUGCUGUGGCUGGUGAUCCUGCUGAGCUCCCAGUGCGACUCGCGCCAGACAAAGGCAAGAGCAGAGAUGUCAGCAAUUUCAGCUCUCUCAGUCCCGCGUAUUACGGGGAACGUAGUGGGCGCUGGCUUGCUAAUAGGCAUCCUGUUGAUGACAACGGACAAGAGAUCGAAUCUCCUAUUGCUCCGCCAGUCCCGGAGAAGCGCAGAAUGCCCGAUGAACAAGAAAUGAGGGAGGCAGAAAGCCAGGCGCGUGAGUGGUCCAAAUAUGUCGAGGAUUUAAGGCAAGAAGUGCAGAGACAGGCCGCGCGCGAAGCCCAAGAUCCUGCUCCGCACGGCGGCACUUCACAAGAGAUGGAUGAUUUUGCAGCGCGCCAGCAGGAACGCACCGAGGACAAGGUGAAGAUUGCCAAGCAAUUUGUCGACCGUACCAGCACCUAUGGCUUGAUGCUGAAGGACGGAUGGCAGUCCACCGAUCCACAAGGCGUCUCAGUGUACGAGAAACUUGCGGAGUGGGAGAAGCACGAUUCGAAGCACGACCCACAGAUGAAGGAGACUGUGAUCAAGCGCUUGUUCAACAGGGUGAAGCAACAGUUCUCUCCUCCUCCUCCUCCUCCGCCGACGAAGCCGCCACUGUGGACAGAUCCGAGCACUCCCAUCAUUACUGAACGCGACAUCAAGAAAGACGAAGAGGAGGUAGAGAAGGAAGAACCGCGUGAUGAUUUGUCUGAUCGACCCUUGGCAUCUACUCCUGACGAAGAGCACUAUCAAGUCAAAGGUCUGGGCAUCACUUCGCCCUCGACCAGCAGCUUUGAUUACAUUCCGCCAAAGCAUCCCGCGCGCAUUGCAGCCAUUGAAGCCAAUCUUGCGAAAGAGGCUGAAGAUACCGCACGCACAGGAUCGUCGCCGCUUCUCAAGGCUCCGCUUCCUUCGCAAAGCACCACCCCAACGGGCUCAUCAUCGAUGCGAACCAUUGUGCCUAAAGGCAGGUCCUCCAAGCACUCCACACCCAGUCGCCAGCCCACCCCAGGUCACAAGAGCAACUAUAUCAUGUCGCCUCUCUUACCCAGCGUGCCAGCACCCAUACCAGCACCCAGCCAAGAUCAAUCUGACUGGGAGUCCGUUUAUGAUGAUGAAGUUGACCUCGACGACGAUCUCAUUGCACUCGCAAAGACCGGUGGUACCACUCCAGAUCUGCGACAAAAGUUCCGAGACGCAGAAGAUCAAGAAGAGCGAGAGUUCCAAGCCAUAUUGAACCAAGUACCUGCAGCACCUCAACUCUCUCCAGAAAUGCACGCAAAGUUUGAGAAAGCCGGAACGCUCCCAUCGCAUCUAGUGGCACGCAAGAACAGUACGCUCGUUGUGAAACGCAAUCCGACCAGCUCAGCAUUUUCGCCACAGCUCGACACUCAGGAACAGCAAGCGGAGUUCAAUCAAAGCAUCCAAGCAGCAGCCCUUCGCCGCACUCAGAAGCUAUCUCAAGUGCCAGUAUCUACCAACCAUCCUGCUCUGCGCCUGGAAAUUGGCGAUGACUUCGGCCCACGCUCAUCCUCGCUACCAUUGCACAUCGGAAAGACUCGUCCUUCCAACAUACCAACACCUACCAAGGCCAAGCCGCCCAAGCCGGUAAAGCCGUCGAGUCUAGCAGCACACAGUACGCUUAGCAGAGUGAUAGAGGAAGAUUCGCCAACAGAUGUCACUCCUCAUAUGCCUCGACCUCCAAAGUACGGCCAGCAUAUCAGCCCAGGCAAAGGCCUCGAGUCUCCAGAAGCUAGUGCCGCUCAAAACCCCAAGUCUCCCGUCGAAGCACAAAUGGAAGAUGUUGCUGCCGCAUGGCAUGGUCCACGCACACCCAGUCUGGCCAACAAACCAAACUUCGACGAGACUCCAUCAAUGCAAGAGGCUCAGGAGAUGCGGCGCCGCUUCGGCUUGCCCCUGCUCGAGUUCAAGCGUGAGGGCGAACCGCCCCAUCCCAACCACCGCUACACCUGGGACACGCAGAAUCUCAUGUGCCAGGGCAUCCACCGCGGCGCCUACGAGCCCCUCGACGCCUCUCCCUCCUUCUCCGAUGCAACGGAAGCAUCACCACUCCGCCGAUUCGGCACUUCCGCAACCCUCCCGCCCGUCGCCAGCCACGACACCUUCUCCUCCAUCGACAUCAACUUCGAGGGGAAGUCCUGUCACCACUGCCGCCGGACGUGCUGCUUCUACACCGAGCAGCUCAGCAUCAUGGCCAUGGGCCAAGCUCGCGAUGCGGCCGUCCGGAUGGCAGUGGAAAAGGCCCACAGCACGGAGCAUCAGCUCCGAAAGGCCUUUCCGGCGGGUGUGGAGCGCUUCGACGCGCACAUGAAGUGCUCGGAGUGCGGAGUGGUGUGCUGCCACCAGCACGGAGUCGUCUGCUCGACUCUGUCGUGCCGUGCCGCGCUCUGCGAGCGGUGCGCGCGUUGGCUGGGCGGAGCGUGCAGAAAGCAUGGGGAGAAGGGGGGCAAAUAAAUAAAAAAUCACAAAAAAAAGCAUUCGGGGAGGAGAAGUGAGGAUAGAAACGCUCGUUUAUAGGAAAUUUUACUUGGUGGUUG